UUGAAAAAUAAAUAUGCAGCGAUCUAAUCCGCAUCCGCUUCCGCAGGCGGAAGCUGAGCGCACACACAACAGCAUGAUAAUAUCUCAAUCUCUCUCUCUCUCUCUCUCUCUCUCUCUAUAUAUAUAUAUAUAUAUAUAUACAGAGACAGAAACAUCAUCAUACGUCCAUUAUCCAUUCGUAUUUGUGUGUGAGAGAGAGAAAGAGUAAAGAAGGCAGCAGCAAAUGGCAGUUCCGAAGGAGGAGGAGAGGAAGAAAUUAGUAUGUGUUACUGGGGGUUGCGGCUUCAUUGGUUCAUGGCUCGUCCGUACCCUCCUCGACCACCACCAUUCAUACACAGUGCGAGCCACUGUCCAAGACCUCUCCGACCCCUCUCAAACCUAUCACCUCAGAUCACUCCUCCCUUCCAACUCUGAUGAAUCACGACUCUCUCUCUUCCAGGCCGACCUCCUUGACUCCGGCUCUCUCUGGGCGGCCAUUGAUGGCUGCGAGGGAGUCUUCCACUUGGCGUCCCCCUGCUUCCUUGAAGACCCUAGAGAACCCCAAACCCAGCUCCUAGACCCCGCCAUCCAGGGCACCCUCAACGUCCUCGAGGCCUGCCGCAAGGCCAAGGUCCGUCGAGUCGUCCUUACCUCUUCCAUCUCAGCCAUGGUCCCCAACCCCUCCUGGCCCCAUGACAAGGUCGUCGACGAGUCGUGCUGGACUGAUAUCGACUUCUGCAAGGCCCAUAAGAAAUGGUAUCCCGUCUCCAAGACUCUGGCGGAGAGAGCAGCAUGGGAAUUUAGUAAGCAGCAUGGGUUGGAUGUGGUUGCCAUACAUCCGUCGACAUGCCUGGGCCCUCUUCUCCAACCCUCUCUGAAUGCCAGCUCUGCCGUGCUCCUGCAACUCCUCCAAGGGUCUGAGGAGAGUCAGGAACACCACUGGUUAGGGAGUGUGGAUGUGAGGGAUGUCGCCAAGGCUCAGCUUUUGCUCUAUGAAACUCCGUGUGCCUCUGGGAGGUACCUCUGCACUAAUGGAAUUUACCAAUUUAAGGAUUUUGCAGAAAUUGUGGCAGGCAUUUGUCCAGGGUAUCCGCUGCACAAGUUUGCUAAAGAAACCCAGCCAGGUCUCAUGGGAUGCAAAGAUGCAGCCAAAAGGCUCCUUGAUCUUGGCCUCAAAUUCAGGCCUAUUCAGGACACGCUAAAGGAGGCAGCUGAUAGUUUGAAAGACAGAGGUUUCCUUGGCCAGCCGGCACUCAUAUCUUCCUCUUCAUCCUAACUCUGCCACAUUGGAACUCCACAGAAUAAGAUGGUCCAUCUAACUGAUGGGCUAUCUUUCUUUAUUUGCUUUUCUUUUUUGAUCAGGACCGAUCAUCCAAAUAAAAGAGAGAGUGCAGUGACUUUGUGCUGUUAAUAAACAUUUCAUUAAGGAUGCAAUGGUAAAUAAAGACUUUUAUUUA